AUGGGUGCCGAACAGAAAGCGCGCCGGCGCAAGGAGCAGCUGGUUGACCAGGUCCCGAAGCGCUUCAAGUCGCUAAAGUUCGGAGUUCAAUCCCACCAGGACAUAGUGAGCCAGGGUGUCCUCGAAGUUUCCGACAACUUGCUAUACGAUGUGGAAAACCGGCGAGCGGCGUUCCCUCAUGGACCCCUCGAUCCACGCCUGAAAAAGAUUGCCCCCGAGAGCAAAGUCGAGUUCGAUGCGUCAUUCAACCAGGCCAAGAAGUACACGCCGGAGCUGGAGAAGCACACUCGAAAGGCAAUGGAGGACUUAAAUCCUCUAAAAGUUCUGAACCUCUUCAGAGCGAUCAGCCAAACCGACUGUGAGCUAUUGGGAUUAGACCCUUCCGAGGGUCGACCCGAUAUGUUCCUAUGGCAAUACCUUCCGGCCCCGCCCAUCUGCAUCAGACCGUCCGUCGCGCAGGAGAAUGCCAGCAAUGAGGACGACAUUACGAGCAAGCUUUCAGAAAUCAUCCUUUACGCCGGCCACUUGCGCGAAUCGUUGAAGAAGGGGGUUGCGUUGCCGGUCAUUAUGGAGCAAUGGGAAUUCUUGCAGCUGCAAGUGGGCAUGUACGUCAACAGCGACGUACCGGGCCUCUACCAACCCGGUUUCGGAAAGCCUAUCCGUGGGUUUUGUCAGCGUCUCAAGGGCAAGCAGGGUCGGUUCCGUGGCAAUCUCUCAGGCAAGCGUGUCGACUUUUCUGGGCGGACUGUCAUCUCACCCGACCCCAACCUGAGCAUUGAGCAGGUGGCAGUCCCAGAGUUGGUGGCCAAGAACUUGACCUACCCUGAGCGGGUAAACCAUGCCAACAUCGAGAAGCUGAGGGAGCGUGUCAUCACCGGGCCCAAUAUUUGGCCCGGUGCCCAGGGAAUCAUCAAGAAGGACGGAGCCAAAUACAACCUGAAAAUCGGCAAUGAAAGCCUCCGCGAGAAACACGCAAAUAACUUAGAACACGGUGAUGUUGUCGAGCGUCAUCUGGAAGACAACGACGUUGUGCUCUUCAACCGGCAACCUUCCUUGCACAAGCUCAGUAUCAUGAGCCAUCUCGCCAAGAUUCGACCCUGGAGGACGUUCCGUCUCAACGAAUGUGUGUGUACCCCGUACAACGCCGAUUUCGACGGAGACGAAAUGAACCUGCACGUCCCGCAGACGGAGGAGGCUCGGGCAGAAGCAAUCAACUUGAUGGGCGUUAAACACAACCUCGUCACACCCAAGAACGGCGAGCCCAUCAUCGCCGCUACGCAGGAUUUCAUCACGGCGGCUUACCUGUUGAGCAGCAAGGAUAUAUUCUUCGACCGGGCAUCGUUCACCUACGUCUGUACCCAAAUGCUUUUGGGCGACACCCAUCUCGAGCUCCCCCCACCUGCCAUCAUCAAGCCCAGGGCCCUCUGGACUGGCAAGCAGAUCUUCAACGUACUCAUGCGCCCCAACAAAGAAUCCCCCGUUCUGGUAAACCUCGAGGCGAAAAACAAGGUCUUUUUCAAGAAAAAGGAUGGCCAAAUCCCGGACAUGGACAUCGACGACGCGUUUUUGGUCGUUCGCAACUCGGAGGUUAUGUGCGGGAGGAUGGACAAGGCAACGGUUGGAGGAGGCAAGAAGAACUCAGUAUUUUACGUGAUCCUCCGUGAUUUUGGGCCGGACCAUGCGGCGGUUGCAAUGAACCGGUUGUCCAAGCUUUGCGCCAGAACUUUGUCACUGCGGGGGUUCUCCAUUGGCGUUGGGGAUGUGUGGCCAUCAGGGUCCCUGACGAGUCACAAAGCCCAACUUGUCGAGGACGCCUACAACAAGUGUGAUGAUCUCAUCGAGACGUAUAGGCAAGGAAAGCUCGAGAAGGCUCCGGGAUGCAACCUCGAGGAGACGCUCGAAAACUCCAUCUCUGGUAUUCUCAGCAAAGUCCGGCAGCAGGCUGGUAACUACUGUGUUGGGAACUUGAGCAAAAACAAUGCUCCGCUGAUCAUGGCUAAAUCAGGAUCCAAGGGUUCCGACAUUAACGUCGCCCAGAUGGUUGCCUGCGUCGGUCAGCAGAUUAUCGGCGGCAAGCGUGUGCCUGAUGGGUUCCAGGACCGCAGUCUGCCGCAUUUUCACAAGAACGCGCGCCAGCCCCCGUCUAAGGGGUUCGUGAGGAAUAGCUUCUACACAGGGCUAGUCCCGACCGAGUUUCUUUUCCACGCUAUCUCGGGCAGAGAAGGUCUCGUCGAUACGGCCGUCAAGACAGCCGAGACAGGCUACAUGUCCAGGCGACUGAUGAAAUCACUUGAAGAUUUGUCAACACAGUACGACGACACGGUUCGAACGUCGGAGGGGGGCAUCGUCCAGUUUCAGUACGGGGCUGACAGGCUCGACCCCGUGGAUAUGGAAGGUGACGCCAAGCCCGUUGACUUUACCAGGACGUGGAAUCAUGCGCAGAGCAUUACGUGGAGCAACUCGGAUACGUCGCUAUUGCCUUGGGAGAUCCAAAAGCUAAGCAAGGCGAUACUGGAUGAGGAGCGGAGUAAGUAUGUCAGGCGACAUCUCGUCACGAACGAGGAGAUCAAGUACGACGACGAGACGAUCCGCGAGAGCAUGGAGCAUGACGUUUUGAUCGCCAUCGACGAACACGAGAGCGCCAGAGUCUACUUAAACACCAUCCGGGAUUAUGUCAUGGAGCGCGCCGUGAAGCUGGCGAAGGUUCGGAAGUCGGUGGGGUUGGACCCGUGCAUCCCGGACGAUAAGCGAAUGAAGGAAGAAGUCGACGGGUGGAAGCCGGCGGUAGCAGAGGGGUCAGAGAUGGAUGUUGACGCCCAUGGCGAGCCCUGUCAGCCAUUGGAAUAUGUGCUCAGAGAUCUACGACGGGAGAUCAACGAAGAAGACGACCUCGACGAAACGGCUCGGCAAGCGAGGAUCCAAGCCAAGGCGCAGGACCACGUUAACCGCGUCGCCAAGGUGUCAGAGCGUACGCUACGGCAAUUCAUUCAAAUGUGUCUCCACAAGUACAAGAAGGCACGAGUCGAACCUGGCCACGCGGUGGGCGCCGUUGGAGCACAAUCUAUCGGCGAACCCGGCACGCAGAUGACGCUUAAGACGUUCCAUUUUGCGGGGGUUGCUGGUAUGAGUAUCACGCAAGGUGUGCCCCGUAUUAAGGAAAUCAUCAACGCUUCGAAGACCAUCAGCACACCGGUUAUCAGUUGCGAGCUGGAAAAUCGGGUGGAUAUAAAGGCCGCGCGUGUGGUCAAGGGUAGGAUCGAGAAAACAUAUGUUUCAGAUAUAAUCUCAUUCGUCGACGACGAGUGGCUUCCGGACGUUGCCAAGAUCGUCCUCCAGGUGGACCUGCAGGCGCUCUCAGACAUGCAGCUCGGCAUUUCGAUGAAGGAUAUCGCCGACGCUAUCGUGCGGGCCAAGAAGCUGAAGCUCAAGGUCGAGCCCGAGGACCUGCGGAUCGGUCGCGACCGCGUCGAGGUGAUCGUCCGCAACACAUGGCAGGACGUUACCGCUGCGCGUAAAGCAGCCCGAGUCCGCGCGGCUGCCGUCGAGAAGGGCCACAUCAUGUCCAGCGCCCUGGACGAGUCAGCAGCCGACUUUCAACUCCGCGUCAACUUCCUCAAGCGCAUGCUCCCGCAGGUCGUCAUCUCGGGCUACCCCGACGCGGCGCGCGCCAUCAUCCAGACGGACGACAAGAACGAGCACAUGGUGCUCGUCGAAGGGUACGGGCUGCGCGCGUGCAUGACGACCGAGGGCGUGAUCGGCACCAAGUGCGUGACGAACUCGGUCAUGAGGAAGUGCCGCGACGUGCUGGGGAUCCGAGGCGGCCGCGCACCACCAUUCGCGACCAGAAAUCGCGGCUGUCAUGCGCCGAGAUGA